AUGGAGCCCGCUGGUGACUGCUUUGUACCUGGAGGUUUCUUCAGCGUGACGAACGGCUGGAAAAAGCGCUUCGGUAACGUCAAAAUACCCACGGAAGCGCAGCUCGAAAAACACAUGGUGUCGAGCGGAGCGCGCUUCGCGCGACAGCAAAUGAAAGGAACGAUGUUCCAAGAAGAAGGAUACGUGCGCAACGUCAUGUACAACGACGUGUCAGCAGAAUCCACGUGCGGACUUUUGCGUAGUAUCUGCCUACCGUCAAUGAAAGGCGGCUAUUACAUCGUGCACGCCGCGAUUUCCAAGGCGUCGGGCUCCAUCCUGGCUGGUCAUUGCCUCUGCCCCGCAGGCCUGAGCGGCACAUGCCAACAUUUUGUUGGGUUAAUCCUUCAUGCCAUUCACUUGGCGCAAAAGGAUGCGGCAACGUGCACGGAAGUUCCAUGUGCUUGGAUUGUUCCUGCCCAAGUCAAAAAGCAUGAGCCACCUCUGCCUCUGCAAGACAUCACUUUUCACACAAGGAAACAUGAAGGUGCGAAAAGGCGGCGGUUUGAUCCACUGCCAGGGCUCUCACCGAGUGACCCAUCUCUGCUUGCUGCCGAUCUCGAAAAGGUGGCAGCAAACUGCCUGCUUCUCCGUUAUAUGAGCAAAGAAAACUCAGGAGAAUCACUUGAUGAACACAGUCCCAGUGAAGUGGCAGCAGAAGCUUCAGACACUCCACUGGUCCCAGACAUUGAAGACAUCCACAGUGAGACCUGUCAAAGACUCAUACAAGAGAGGUUUGAUGCUAUACAGGCCCUCUCGGUGGACAGCAGAGCAGUUGUUCUCGAGUCAACGAUUGGACAGGCCGCAAAUCCAACCUGGCACAUGGAGCGGAUUGGUCGGCUAACUGCCUCAAUGUUUAAAAGAAUUGUGUGGUGUUUGUGUAGCUCUGCGAACAUUAGUUACAUGUUUUGUGCUAACUGUUGCAGCGUUAACGAAUGAGUGCUGGAGGCGGUACUUUGUUGCAGUGAUGUUUGUGGUGGUGAUUUGGAAGUGUGGUCCGCAAUUUGUAUGGGUUCCUGUGAUGUGCUGUUGUUUGCCGUGCGCUUAAAAGCUUCAAACUCGGCUCGUAGCUCGGCUAAACUGUUUCGAAGUAUUUUGUUUUCUAUGGCAAAAUGAAAAGAAAUAGCAUGGCCUAAGCAAAUUGUGUAGCAUUGGUGAUAACUAUAGCCGUUACGUCUAUAGACAUAACAAAAUAAACGUGCAGUGUACAUGGAAGAUAACUGAAAAAGCAGUAUCAUUUAUUUAGAGAUGGAAAAUACAAAUUUCCUCAGAAGGUAGCACAGUAGACAGCGUCGUCGUAAGUACACGUGAUAUAGUAUGAGAGUACACUGUUGUUACACAGUCUGGUCUCUUCUGGUCAUAAGCAUGGUAAAGGAGGCUCAUUUGAAGUAGAGAUGUGCGAGCUGGCUACUUGUUCUCAUUAUUGAUUGAAAUGAUUGGCUGUAGAAAAUUGCACAAAAAGGCGCAAGUCCUAAAAAUGCUGUCAAUAAUGUCGAGCAUGUUGAUUGGCAGUGGUUUGUCUAAAAAAUGAAAUUCUUUGAUACGUCUUAUGACUCGCUCAACAUGGAUCCUAGCGCCAGCUAUUUUUCGGGUGGCAAUCACGUCACUAGCUGACAAUUGGUUCCCCAUUUUAAAUGGUGGCAUGUGGAUUUGAAUAGAUGGUGGAAAAACUCCCUCCAACCUAAAGCCUUUGUCGACCAUCACACCGUCCCCCGCAUCUAAUAAACCCAGUAGGCCCGAUUUUUCGACAACUUCGCUAUCACUAACAUGCCCACCCCACAAAUCUGGCACAAAUGAAACGUAGCCAUCUGGUGUUACCCCAACAAGUGCUUUGAACGUGUUAUAAUGCUUGUACGAGGAGAAAGUAUGCCUCUGUGCCUGUAGUUUUGAAGGUCUUUGGAUUCUCACCUCUGUGCAAUCAAGGAUGACUCUAGUGUUUGAGAAGUCACUGAAUGCCAUUGGCAUGUGCCUUUUGAUCUCUGCUAAUGUGGGAAACCUUGUCAAUGCUGAGAGCUCUUUAUCGAGAAAAAUUACCCAUGUACAAAAGAUGCGACUAAGGCAUGACUGAGAAAUUCCAAAGAUUCGAGCCACUUCCUUGGCACAAACACCAGUCCUGAGCCUAUACAGCACCAUGAAAAGUUCUUCGCGCUUGGAGAGCUGUCUUUCCUUUGCUUGUGUUUUUCCUCCAUCCCAAUAAACCAUGCGUUCUGCAUUUUUUUCAAUGUG